AUGGAAGCCAACUUCUUGAACCGGAAGUUGGACCCUAAGCAAUUUCAGGAGUAUUGCCUUUCCCGUGAGGUCUUGCAGGACCCUACAGACUUGUGGAAUGGUGAGGAGGGGAUUCUGGCAGGCGAUGCCUUGAGCAACUGCAGCAACCGCCUCCUGCCCAUCUCCAGCGGGGGAGUUGAGCAGGUUGAGCAGGUUGAGCAGAUUGAGCAUUGUGUUCACAGUGUUCACCUCUUGGCCAUUGGAAAGACGGGAUGUGUGCACAUAUCGGAUGGUCCCAACCGCGGCAUCUCACAGCAGGUGUCAUGGCAGCCUCAUCAGCAGGAUGCGGUACUUGCGCGUGAUCCCUUUGUCUCCCAUCACUGUGCCAACAAUGCCGGCAACUGGCUAGUUCUGUUCACUGCUGGAAGCUUGGAGCUCGUUCCACUGGCUGCAGCAGGUGCGUACCUGUCAGAUUCAUUAGGAACCUAUCGACGCCAUCUGCAGAUUAAGACCGCUUUGAAUUGA